AGAAUUAUUUGAUAACCCGCAGAUGUUUCCCGGCGGUGUAACGCAAAAUGGAACUAUGCUACCGAAUUUCGACAAAUCAUACGGGAAACCGAUAGACGACCUUCGCAAAGGUGAUUUCUCACCUGAAGAAGCUAGACUUCGCUGUCAGCUGGCAUCCCUCUAUCGUCUAGUAGACCUUUUUCAUUGGAGUCAAGGCAUUUUCAACCACAUGACGGUGCGACUUCCUGGCAAUGAUGUGGAGAUUCUGAUCAAUCCUUUCGGCUUGCUCUAUCAUGAGCAGACUGCAAGUACACUUGUGAAGGUGAAUCUUGAAGGAAAAACACUGCACCCAGGAAGCACAAAACUCGGAAUCAACCAGGCCGGCUACACCCUCCAUUCGGCCAUUCAUGGUGCUCGCGAAGAUUUGAAAUGUGUAAUACACCUACACACACCUGCGGUCGCUGCUGUGUCGGCUAUGAAAUGUGGUCUUCUUCCCUUAUGUCAAGAGGCCAUGAUCGUUGGCCCAGUGGCGUACCAUGAAUAUGAGGGAAUCGUGGACCUGGACGAAAAAGAGUCGCUGGUGCAAGAUAUGGGCUCACACAACGUUAUGAUUCUCAAGAAUCACGGGUUUGUUGUUGGUGGAGCGACAAUCGAAGAAGCUUUCCACCUGACUUACCACCUCAUCUUAGCGUGUCAAACACAGGUGCAAGCAAUGAGAUGUGGCGGAGUAGAUGCAUUAAAUCUGCCGAAGGAAAAGGCUGCACGAAAAGCCUUCGAGACUGCUGCCAAUGGAGGUGGAGGUGUACUUCGAAGAAACGGUGUCAUCGACAAGCACUGGUCGCUAGGCGAACUCGAAUGGCAAGCUUGGAUGAGGACACUCGACGACAUGGGCCUCAGAACUGGCUACGAGCACCGACCGUUAUAAAUGGGAGGCUCAAUCCGCUCUUUCCAUUGGGUGCUUACUCCUUCGCCUACUCCAUCAGUCAUUACCUCAUUGAAAAAAGAUUGCAUUCCAUUUACAACUUUGUGAUAUUCUUAUUGAUGAUAUUUCUCCAAUAAAUAAUAAAGACGCU